AUGAGGGAGCUGAGGAAGAGGUUUGACAGUGCUCAGGAGAGGCAAGUCCUGGGGGCCGGCCUGGCAAGGGCGGUGGACAAGGGAGAGGCAGUGGAGGCUACAAGGCAGGGCACCAGCCUGAGUGCCCGGGACCAGCAGGAGCAGACUUUCUGUGGUGGUGAAAGACCUCAUGAAUGCCGUGAGUGUGACAAAACGUUCAGCCAGAAGGAUCACCUCAAAACACACAUCCUUACACACACUGGUGAAAGACCUCAUGAAUGCCAUGAGUGUGGCAAAACGUUCAGCAGUAAGAGUGACCUCAAGAAACACACCCGUACACACACUGGUGAAAGACCUUAUGAAUGCCGUGAGUGUGGCAAAAAGUUCAAUCAGAAGGGUAACCUCAACAAACACACCCUUACACAUACUGGUGAGAGACCUCAUGAAUACCGCGAGUGUGGCAAAAAGAUCAGCAGGAAGAGUGACCUCAAGAAACACACCCUUACACACACUGGUGAAAGACCUCAUGAAUGCCGUGAGUGUGGCAAAAAGUUCAGUGAUAAGAGUCACCUCAACACACACAUUCUUACACACACUGGUGAAAGACCUCAUGAAUGCCGUGAGUGUGGCAAAAAGUUCAGUGAUAAGAGUCACCUCAACACACACACCCUUACACACACUGGUGAAAGACCUCAUGAAUGCCGUGAGUGUGGCAAAAAGUUCAGUGAUAAGAGUAACCUCGACAGACACACCCUUACACACACUGAUGAAAGACCUCAUGAAUGCCGUGAGUGUGGCAAAAAGGGGGAAUUACACGGCUCAGGGCUGGACGCUGCGGAACACCUGGCCUCUGGCCUUGCCGUCACUUCUUAA